AUGGCCAACAACCUGUACCAAUACUCCAUCGUGAGCGCCCUGAUGCACGGCAUCUGCAGCACAGGGCCCAGCAUCCGCGACAUCCUCGCCCACGGCGACCAUGGCCUCGGCACCGUCCCCCAUCUCAACGGCGAGAUCAUCAUCAUCGACGGCGAGGCCUACCACUUCCCGCCAGACAGCCCGGAGCUCCGCAAGCUCGCGCCCACAGACCCCAUCCCCUUCAUCAUGAUCACCCGCUUCGAGCCCACCGUCACCAAGCACCUCCCCACACUCACCAUGACCGCCCUGGCUGACGCCUGCGCGCCGCUUCUCCCAGCUCAGCAGAACCGCUUCGUGUCCGUGCGCCUCGAGGCCGUCUUCCCGCGCAUCUCGUUCCGCGUGAUCCCCGCGCAGACGAGACCGAAGGAGCCCCUUGCGGCCCUGGCCAAGCGCCAGACCGUCCGCGAGGAGACGCACGUCCGCGGCGUGCUGUUCGGGUUCUGGUCGCCCGCGUUCGCCAGUGGGUUCAGCGUCGCCGGGUUCCAUUUGCAUUUUCUCUCGGCCGAUCGCAGCGCCGGCGGUCAUGUCAUGGGCUUCGAGGCCGAGGAUGUGCGUCUGGCUGCGGCCGGCAUCGGCGAGUACCACGUCCAGCUGCCGGAUGACCGCGAGUUUAAUGAAGAGACUAUCGGGCUGGUUGGAGCCGGGGAUAUUCAUGCGGCCGAGGGGGCUUGA